AAAGGUCCUGACUCACGUGCGUCAGAGGCAACGUUUGCCUACAAGUAUACCCAGCUGCAGCCGCAACAGCCACUUUACUACCCACCCACUUUACUACCAGACACACCCACUUGGGCAGAUUUAGGUAUGAGGUGGGUGGCUGGUUAGGGGAAAGGGUCAGGGGUCAGCGGGGUGUGUCGUGUAGUAUAGGCUGAGUGUGCCGGCUGCGGCUAGAUGCUCUUCUUCGCCGCCGUGAUGGACGCGCUCCUCUCCAGGCUCUUCCCCUCGGAAGAAGAUGAGCUGUACACUUUAGACUGCAUGGCUUACUUCAUGGUUUUUAUGGCAGCUUGCACUUUUGUUACUCUGCUUUUCGAGAAUGUGCCAUACGGCCGGUAUGCCACCAGCAAAUACGGAUUUCCAGUUAACGUCAAGUUUGCCUGGUUUGUUCAGGAGCUGCCUGCCUUCCUGCUGCCUGUGUGUCUGGUAGUGUGGACAUCCUCUGCAAAAACAUCUCUUCUGCCCAAUCAGCUGCUCAUAGCGAUGUAUCUCUGCCACUAUGUUCAGAGAUCCAUUAUUUAUCCAUUUUUAAUUCGAGGAGGUAAGCCAACCCCAUUCAUCUCAUUUGCCCUGGCCUUUGUUUUCUGCGUCUAUAAUGGCUACAUGCAGAUCAGGUACCUGAGCCAUUAUGCUGAGUACCCUGCAGAUUGGGUUACACAUCCAUGCUUCAUCGCAGGGUCUGUACUGUGGUUUGUUGGUUGGCUGGUGAAUGUGCACUCUGACCACAUCCUGAGGAACCUGAGAAAGCCUGGAGAGACUGGUUACAAGAUUCCCACAGGCGGAAUGUUUGAAUAUGUGUCUGGAGCCAACUUCUUAGGAGAGAUAACAGAGUGGGCAGGCUUCGCUCUGGCCGGCCACUCUGUUCACAGUUCAGCCUUCGCCCUCUUUACCGCAGUGGUCCUCGCCAGCAGGGCUGUGGCCCACCACAAAUGGUACCUUGCUAAGUUUGAAGACUACCCGAAAAAUAGGAAGGCGUUGAUUCCUUUUCUGUUCUAGAAAACGCUACAGGCACUGGAAGUUUUACAAUAAGGUAUUUGCUUACAGUGACUGAGAAGACCAUUCCCAUAAUAUUUUUUUUUUCUAAUUUAGUAUAGCUCUGAUGUCAGAACAAGCAUUGAAGAUACAGAUUUUUUUUUUGUCAUUGAAAACAGAUUGAAACACAUGUUUCAGGCUUGUAAAUGAUCUCAUCUGAGCUGAGAGCAAGCAACAGUUGAAAGCCAUCAUCUUAAAAAGACUUUUAUUGUUGCCAUUACUUUGGUAAUAAUGUCCAUAAAGCACUGAGGAACUUCAACAACAAUGAACUAAAUGUACUGGAAGUGUUGUGCCUGCAGGAGAGGCAACAUUUAGCGCUCCUCUACAGGAAAUAAGAUAGUGAAUGGAGCAUACCGCAACAGUAAUACACUGGAUUUAUAACACUCUGCGCAAGCAAUAAAUAGCUCUCUCGUUUUAAGACUCUCCGCUGAUCUGCAUAUUCUCCCAGAUGGAACAUGAAGUUUGAAAUGCAAAGCGGACAUUUCAAGAUUUCAUUCAUCCUCAAGAGUCAUCUGUUGCAAAUCAAUCUUUUUAACAUCCAUUCCAAAUUUAAACGGAUGGGACCUUAAAUUAAGCUCAACUCGUUUUCCUGCCUCUGAAUGACUUUUCUACGUACCUCUUUGCCCCCCCACCCCCACCCCAACUCUUGAAAGAGAGGCCAAAAUGAAACUGCAUCUUCAUCCUGUAAAGACUGAGACUGUAGCAGGCCUGUUCUCCGGAUACUGGGCUGCAGGGAAAUCAAAUGGAGAUCAAGCAUGGCUCUCAAUAGCUCGACCAUGCCUGAAAUGAGAAGAAUAGAACAUUGCCUCAACACAUCAUUCUGUCAACGUAUUCAGGGACAAUCUUUGGGGUAUUAAGAGACAGAGAUCAAAGAAGAACUGGUGAAGUAAAGAGGAAGAUCAGGAGCAUAGAAAGGAAAUGCAGCUAUCAAUCUUCUACAUCUCUUUUGGUCUGGUAUUGUUUUACAGUACAGUACAUACUUUUCAGCAGUGAUGUCUCACUUUGUAGAUACUAAUUUUUAUCCAGAUUUUAUCCACUGUCACUACUUGAAUUCAUAUACCAGUGAAAAUGACACAGGGUCAACCAUUAAGCUCAACAUUUCACCGAGCUGUAGAUCAGUGUUUAUACUGAAGCUUUAGUUUCCACAUUGUGCCUGCGCCCAGAAGUUCCAGCUGCAAUUUCAUCCCAUAACUCUUCAUCAGUUCCCCCUUUCACACUGCAGGACAUCCUCCAACAACAGUCGCAGCCAAGGUCAUGUCAUUAUGAAUUUUAAAAAUGGGUUGUAUUUAAAAUAAAUUUAUUUUGUCAUCAUUUUUACA